AUGUUUCUUCAUCCUGAAGAGGGUAAGCGAGAAAGGGAAGGGAUUGUUCAGAGCUUCGAGGAUUUUGUGGAUAGAGUGUUGGCUUUGCAGUGUAAUUCUUCCAUUAAGAGAUUCUCCCUCAAGUGCGGAAAUGGUGUUGAUAGAGAUCGUGUGAAUCGCUGGAUAUGUAAUGUGUUGCAUCGUGGUGUCUCGGACCUUGAACUUUUCAUAUUUGAUCAUCGUUAUGUGCUGCCUCAAGAGACGUUCGGCAGCAGGACACUAGUCAACCUGAAAUUAACUACUAAAUAUAGUAAUGAUUCGUGGCCUGGAGUUGAAGGAGCUUUCUUACCAAUGCUUAAGACUCUAAUUAAUAACAGAGGUUGGGUUUGUUCAGAAAAGUUCGAGAUACUUCUCCGUGCUUCCCCUCUGCUUGAGGAAUUGCACAUAAGAGACACUCUCAGGCGGAAAGGAACGGCUGUUACCGUGUCAAGUGCAAGCCUCAAGAAGCUAACUAUCUAUGCUUUUGGUUCUUUAGGCUUCGAAAAUCCAAAGAGCACUUGUUUUGAUACUCCAAGUCUGCUUUACCUUGACUAUUCUGAUAUUGUCUCGGAGGACUAUCCAAAACUUAACUUGGAGCAUUUGGUUGAGGCUCGACUCAACAUUAUAGCACAGACAUGUCAAUUGAAUCUAAUACGAGGGCUAGAUAUUGAGGAGGACGAUGAGGUUCGACCAUUUGGAAAUGUGUGGAAGCUCAUGAGUGCCAUAAGAAAUGUUCGGAAACUUGGCUUAUCUUCUGAUACUCUCGAGGUGAUUUCUGUAUGCUGUGAAUUGAUGCCGGUGUUCAACAACCUCAUAUGGUUAAAGAUUAAGAGUAGUAAGGAACGAGGAUGGCAAGCAAUGCCGGGUCUUGAACACUACGUGACAGAUAAAUGUGGGGAUGCUUGUGACUGCAUUACUCGGGAGGACAAAGGUCGUUCGCUCAAAUCUUGUCCAGUGAAAAAGAUACGGAUAAAAGGGUUUAAAGGAACAAAGAGAGAGACGGGAAUGAUAAAGCAUUUUUUGGAGUCUUUCCCUUGUUUGAAGGUGAUGGAGAUAUAUGCCCAAGAGAAUGUUCGUAAAGACCUCAACGUUGUCAAGAUGGUGAAUCUCUACAAUGACUUAUCGACUUGUCAUGUUCGCUUAUCUCGUUGA